CUGCCUGAGUGGACAAUUUUCCACACCUCGACAGAAAAAAACUACCCAUCUACAUUAGUCGACCACUGGCCUUCGGGCCCAUCUAUCUCAGGUUUGGGGUUUUUCUCACGCAAUAAUCAACGCGCAGAGGAAAAACUGUCGGCGGCUCGCGCUCGAUCCGAUUUUUAUUUUCCUCAGUCAGUGGUGGUAAAGUUCACAAAGAACACGUGGCCCAAAUUGCCACAUUUUUCAGUGAUAAUAGAAGUUUUAUGGUUUAGAGGAAAAUUGUGUGUUCAAGGGAACUUCCUUGCAGGCAACAGAGGAACUGGUGAAGUGACAAAGAAGAGGAGAAGCACUUGAUAGUGAAAGCGUGGUCCUCCUCCCAGCGGUGAUAACUGAUUCCCAUCCGGCAGGAGGAGGAGGAGUAGGAGGAGCAGCAUCAUCAGCAGCCAAAAGCAAAAAAAAAAUAGUGGGAUCGAGUCCAGCAACCUGCUUCCUAAGCCGGAAAUGUGGAAUGUGAAACUCGACUACUGCCACUCAGUGCUUUGAUGAUUUGUGGAUGCUGGAUGUGGUUCCAGAGGAUAAACGCGAAACAAGGAAAAAUGAAAAAUGGAGCAAUUUGAACAACUUUUAACGUGUUGCGUGUGUCUGGACAGAUACCGCAAUCCGAAGCUGCUGCCAUGUCAGCAUUCGUUCUGCAUGGAACCGUGCAUGGACGGGCUGAUCGACUACGUCAAGCGACAGGUAAAAUGUCCCGAGUGCCGUGCGGAGCACCGCAUCCCCUACCAGGGAGUGCAAGGCUUCCCGACCAACGUCACGCUGCAACGGUUCCUGGAGCUACACAUCGAAAUUACCGGCGAACUGCCAGAUCCGACUUCCGGUCAAGUGAUGGAACGCUGCAACGUCUGCUCGGAGAAGGCCUACUGUACUCAGUGUGUGCACUGCGACAAGAAGAUUUGUCCGGACUGUAAAAGUGCCCACAUGGACAUUCUGCGGAGGGAAAUCAAUCGUAUCAAUAAUCAGAUCCGACGUGGACUUCACCGUCUGAAGGAGGUUUUGGCGGUAGUGGAGAAAAACACUCAGAAUCUGCAAAACAACUGCGGUAGUGUGUCGGAGGAAAUCGAUGAAAUCUCCCGUCGGCUGCAGAAGGCACUCAAGGACCGGACGGAUCACCUGCGCGGCGAAAUGGACAAAUACCUGUCGACGGAAUUGAAGAAUGUUGUAACGAUGAAGGAAAAUUUGGAGCUGGAAAUUGCCAACAUCCAAAGUAAUUCUGAUUUGGCCGAGAAGUACAUGAACGAGGGCUCGGUUGAGUGGGAUGACUGUGAGCUGAUGGACACGAAGGAGAUCUUUUUGCGAACGGUGGAUUUCAUCAGGAAUUUUGACUGCGAAACGAUGGAUUACAGCAGAAAGGUGCGGUUUAUUAUGAACAUCGACCCGAACAAGCUGAUCAUGGAGGUGUCGUCGUACGGAGAUUUGAAGCUGCCAUCGGAUGUUGUUGGUACAAGUCAAAGCCAGAGUAUGUUGCUACAGCCACCUUCCGGACCGGGCUUGAUGCGUUCGAAGAGCGAUCAUCGAUUGGCCGCUCAGUUCCGCCAGCAGGAAGCACAAGGAUGGAAUGCGGAUGAGGAACCAUUAUUAGGAGGACGUCGGUUUGGAGAAAGACCAGUAAAACCGCCACCGGAAAAAGAGAAGUACGGAAAUGAGUCUCGGUAUGGUCGUGGAAACGAUUAUGACUAUGACGAUGAACCCGCUAGCAGGUCGACGAAAGGCCGUUUCCGGUCCAGGUUUGCCCGCAGCCACCAGCUAGACAACGACUCGGACAAUGAAUCCAAACAGGUACGUUUCAACGAGAAGGAUGAGAAAACGAAUAAGGUGUCCAGCACCGAGGAUGUUGCCAAGGGUCCUUUGAGUGGAAUCUUCAGGCUGAUGGAUUCACCCCGGGUAAUGAAACGACUUCAGGAUACGGAAAAAGGUAAAACCAAGAAAGCUUCCCCAGCGACUACUCCGACGAUGCCGAAACCUUCUCCGUUUGCUGCCGCAAAACCGAAGGUCACUACAGCUAGACAGCUGUCCGAGGAUGACGAGAUCGCCAAGAUCAAACGACAGAACAAGGGAGCUUCGACGAGUACAACGACAACCGUGACACCAACGCCAACUUCACCGGUAGCUACGGAGCCUGAGCGUCCUGCUGCCGAGCGAGUUUCCGCCCUGAAAGGGCGGGUAUCUUCGACGCCAGCAGCGACCGCUAGCGAUGACAGCGACAGUACUCCGAGCUCACCGGUCCGGCGUUCGUCUCCGCAAGUCGAGGCCGAUAGUGACCAGGAUGAAACGGAACGCUCAAGCCGCACCCGUCAAUCCUCUGCCAUCAAGUCAGGAACUCCGGCCCCACAAUCGAAAAAACCCGCCCGUUCCGACAGUAGCGAGUCAAACUCGUCCUCCGGCGAAUCCUCCAGCACCUCACCGGUCCCAUCUUCACCGGCUCGCGUUGAAGAACCUAAACCGAAAGCUUCGAUUCUGAAAAAUGCCGAACCCGCUCGAAACACAGCAUCACCAACUACCAAUUCGACCCCGGAGAGAAAACCCUUUCAGAGCCGAUUCCUUCCGCAGACACAACCAACUCCACCGUCCGCAAAGAAGGAAGAAUCCGAAAGUAGCAGUGAAGAGGAAACAUCAUCAGAAGAAGAAUCCGACGAGGAAGAAGAGGAAGAGGUAGUAAAGCCGACACCGAAGCCAACUCCAACAGUAACUUCCCCCUCCAUUCGCUCGGAACAACCCAGUUCUCCGUUAUUCAGCCGUAUUCAGGCUCGCGAAGCAGCCGCAAUCGAUUCAAAGAGAAACUCUCGCGAGGAGCCACGAUCCAGUGGAUACUCAAGCCCGACAAGUUACCGAAACAACUACGACCGGGACGAAAGCCCCAAAUACGGAAGCUCCACGUCGUCUGCUCUCCGUUCGCGAACCACUGCCCACGUGGAACCCGAGGAGAAUAAAUACGGCAGCUCCGGAUACACGAGUCGGUUUCUCAACAAGAGCAAAAGUACGGCCGUGGUUGCUCCCGAGGACGACGCCACGGGAGAUGAUUCCGACAGCCGGAGCAACCGCAGCCGUUUUACCGCCCUCCAGGAUCGUCGCAAUCGGUUAGCCCGGAGUCGUUCGUCGCAUAAUUUUGGCAACGAUGAAGAAGAUGAUGAACCGGUCUCACCGACGACGUCCUCUCCGUCGGCUUAUCUUGCUUCCAGAUACGGAGCAUCAUCCUCACUUGCCUCACAACCGGCUGAUCUAUCGCGCAGUCGCUCAACCCAUGCGCUGAAAUCACGCGAACCUUCGCCGGAUCGCAGCACCGGUAGUGACAAGGACGGAGCUGCCCUCAGCUCCUGGGCCCGUUAUCUGAAGAACAAAUACGGUAACCGUUCCACCAAGGACAGCAAGGAAACGCCAUCAUCCUCGCUGUCCAACACUUCAUCAUCGCUGGCCACCCCGUCAACAUCGUCGGCAACCUCAUCAGCCGCUGCUCGACGACUGAGUCUGGGCCUACCCCUGCGCCAAACAGACAUCCUCAGCUCCGAUGAUGAUUCAAAAAACGGGGUAGGCUCCCCUACCUCUCCUACGGCGGCAGCAGUCGGUAUACCAGGGGCAGCAGGUAUGUCCCCUAGGACACAGUACCUACAGAAGCGCCGACAACUGUUCCAGAUAGGAGGUCGGGGGAGCGAACCAGGUUCCUUCACGUGGCCCCGCGGGAUUGCCGUGGGCCCGGACAAUAGCAUCGUGGUAGCGGACUCUUCCAACCAUCGCGUCCAGGUGUUUGACUCGAAUGGCAUCUUCGUCAAGGAGUUCGGUCAGUACGGUAACGGAGACGGGGAGUUCGACUGUCUGGCUGGCGUUGCCGUGAAUCGGAUCGGGCAGUUCAUCAUUGCCGAUAGAUACAACCAUCGUAUACAGGUCCUGGAUCCAGCCGGGCGCUUCCUGCGCUCAUUCGGAACCCAGGGCACGGCGGACGGCAAGUUCAACUACCCGUGGGGUAUCACCACCGAUGCGCUAGGUUUCAUCUACGUGUGCGAUAAGGAAAAUCACCGUAUUCAGGUAUUCCAAUCGGACGGCACUUUCAUCGGUAAAUUUGGAUCAUGCGGCAAAGAGGAAGGCCAGCUGGAACAUCCGCAUUACAUUGCCGUGUCCAAUACGAAUCGUGUCGUUGUUUCCGAUUCCAACAAUCAUCGCAUUCAGAUCUUUGACGUCAACGGUCGCGUGGUGACCACAUUCGGCGGCGAAGGCUCCGACGAGGGUCAAUUCAAAUUUCCGAGGGGCGUCGCCGUCGACGAUCAGGGCUACAUAUGUGUGGCCGAUUCGGGUAACAACCGGAUUCAGAUUUUUCACCCGGAUGGUAGUUUCCUGCGUGCCUUCGGCUCCUGGGGCUCUGGCGAUGCUGAGUUCAAAGGAUUGGAAGGAGUUGCCAUCAUGUCCAACGGAAACAUCCUUGUGUGCGAUCGGGAAAACCAUCGGGUGCAGGUUUUCUAGGCUGCUGUUGAAGAUCAUAGCGAGUAAUAUUUUUUAUCAACUACUGCGACGAAGAAGAAUGCGAAACAUCUGUCAGCAAGAGCUACCAUAUCAUUUAUAUAGAAAAAUACCCACUCUAGUUGUUUUUAACCAUUUGCAAUAACGUAGCGAAAACCAAAUUCAGAAAACUAGAAAAAUCAAUUUAAGCAUCAGUUGUUCGACGCUGUCUGUCUGUCUGUCCUUCGCUUCGUCUAGUCUUUUCUUCUAUCAUCGAAAAAAGUUGCCGGCUUCAGGUUGCUUCGAUUUCUGCAAUAUUGCACCUUUUUCCACACCAUCUACCAGAGAGGGUAUCUUUUGCUAGCAUCUGUCACAAAUUAAAAUACGACAACUGGGCGUGCUUCUCUUGGCUACUUUUAUGUGAUUGCUGUUUUGAAUAGUUUUUUGGAGAAUUUGGCACUAAUAGUGAGUCCCCAUGAUUGCGAUACGUAUGUAGGUAGCAAAUGAAAAGUACAUUAAACAGUAGUGAAAAAAUAACCUGUAGCAAAUUAGUGUAAAAUAAAGAUUUUUGAGUUUAUUUGUGUUUGAACAGCUGAAAAA